AUGGAAAUAAUCGAUCAAGACAUCAGGCAGUGGGACGCAGAUGAUGUUAAAGAACAGUUCGGGGACAGUCUGACUCUUUUGCCAUCUAAUGAUAACAUAAAAGAAUUACAAACCAUACUACGGGACAAGAACACAAGUCGUAGUGAUUUCAAGUUCUAUGCGGAUCGUCUCAUUCGUCUGGUAAUAGAAGAGAGUUUGAACAAAUUGCCUUAUACUGAGUGUGAGGUUGUUACUCCUACUGGAGCAAUAUAUAAAGGACUUAAAUAUGGGGCCGGAAACUGUGGUGUGUCAAUUGUGCGUUCAGGAGAAGCAAUGGAACAGGGCCUUAGAGACUGUUGUAGAUCCAUUCGGAUUGGUAAAAUCUUAGUAGAAAGUGAUACUGACACACAUGAAGCUCAUGUUGUAUAUGCGAAGUUUCCAGAAGACAUUGCAAGACGACAGGUGUUGCUCAUGUACCCAAUAAUGUCUACAGGAAAUACAGUUAAACAGGCUGUAAAUGUAUUAAAGCAACACGGAGUCAAAGAAGAAAGAAUCAUUUUAUCGAAUUUAUUCUGCACACCGGCAGCGGUACAAGCUGUAGUCGAUCACGUACCCAAAAUGAAAAUAUUAACUUCGGAGCUGCAUCCUGUGGCCCCAAAUCAUUUCGGACAGAAGUACUUCGGAACUGAUUGAUACGAAGACGAAUUCGAGGUCUAGACAGACCAAAAAUAAUACUAAUGCCGAGAAGCACCUGAACUUGUUCUAAAAUGUGUUUUUAAUGAGAAAUGUAUGCUUGCGAUUAAAUUUCGAAAUUAUCGUCUUAUUCGUCGUAUUCUUAGUAAGAUGUAUCCUUGAAAAUUCAAUGUUAAAUGAUACCAAUGAAUAUUAUAGUUUUAACCUAUUAAAGAUAAUAAAAAAAACAUAUUCCUAUUGUAGAGUAAGUGACUAUUUAUUAAUGUAUUAAAAAAUGUUUUAUGCAACUUUGAAAAUAAUACAAUACGCACAUAAUUGUAUGUUUCUCUCUAUGGUCAAGUAAGAGUCUGGUCUUAGCCAGACCUGUGCUAUUUCCUAACUAUCUUCUAGAUACUAAGUUCAAUGCAAAAGCACAAAAUGCCUGUUUUGUAUUUAUGAAGGAUACAAUGAAAUAGUUACUGUAUUCUUUUUGGUUAAGAAUAGCUUUUUAAAUAUUAAUUUAUAUUGCAAUGUAAAUUGGAGGUUGCUGUAAAUGAAGGUGAUAAAUAAAAAACAAUGUUUUAUUUUUGAUAAUUUAUUUCAGUUUCACAGUUUACAAUCUAUGGGUAGAUACAAGUAUUUAAUUAGAUCAGAUCACACAUGUAAGCAGUUAUCAUUAUAAAUUAAUAGUUCAACAUUUCGAAUAAUUUAAAACCUUACUAUGUAACCUUUAUAAAGUGUUCCCCAAACAUUUUAGUUGUUGACUCAAUCCAGCUAGUGAUAUUCUUUAACACAGAUGUUACUCACUUAUUGUAAGAUUCUACACCCUAAUAAUAUUAUUUAACAUUGUAAAAAUAUUGAUAACAUUCAAUUAUAUCGUAACAAGUUUAUUACUUAUUCGAGAACAAAAAUAUUAUAUUUUUUAAUUUUAUUAGUAAAACUAGAUGUCACUUACAAUUACUGUGUUAGAUGGCGACCUUCCGAUGGCGUAUAUGGCAACAUUACAUCUAAAAUCUCAUUUUUUAAAUAACAUGUGACACAGCAACGCCAUCGGCGUCUCUUCGAAUAAAAAGUGCGUACUCCCGUAUAUAAAUAAAUACUUAAAAUAUAACAAGUAUAUUAAUACUUUGUCAAUAUAUUCCUUACACACUAUGUUACAAUAUGACAAGCACUUACUAAGUUCGAUUAUAAAUGAUGAACAAUAAAAUUUAGAUCUGGCAACACCAGCCAAGAUGCCUUCUUACAUUAUAAUGUUGUUAAAAUCGAAUGUCCUUUUCUGUCACUUCG